CAGGGUCCGGGGAGACCAGGUAUAGUGAAUGCAGGGUCCUGGGAGACCAGAUAUAGUGAAUGCAGGGGUCCGGGGAGACCAGAUAUAGUAAAUGCAGGGUCCGGGGAGACCGGAUAUAGUGAAUGGAGGGUCCGGGGAGACCAGAUAUAGAGAAUGCAGGGUCCGGGGAGACCAGAUAUAGAGAAUGCAGGGUCCUGGCAGACCAGAUAUAGUGAAUGCAGGGUCCAGGGAGACCGGAUAUAGUGAAUGCAGGGUCCGGAGAGAGCGGAUAUAGGGAAUGCAGGGUCCGGGGAGACCAGAUAU